AUGCCGCACGAGCACCCCCUCCCCGCCCCCACGAACAGGAUCGUGCGCUCGACGCACUUCAAGAAGCGUCGGCAAGUGCUGAAGCGGCAAAAGUCUGCCGCGCGUCGCGCGCGUCAUGCGGAGGAGGAGGCAUUGGGCGAUGCCGCGCCACCGCGGCGCGAGCCGACGACCAUCGAGUCGAGCCGCGUGUUUGACGCGGAGACGGGCGCCCCGCUGACGCGCGAGCAGGCGCUGGCCAUCACGGACGAGUUCACGCCCGUGCUCGCCGGCGACGUGCGCCCGCGCGUCGUCAUCACCACCGGCCUGCGGCCGUCCGACGUCAGCUUCGACUUCGUCAAGGCCCUGCUGCCCGUGCUGCCCAAGUCCAUCUACUUCGAGCGCCUCGACGCUUCCGUCGCUGAGUUUGCGGCAAGCGCCGCGGGAAAGGGGUACACGGACGUUGUCCUCGUCAAGGAGGAUCGUGGCGCUUUGUCCACCCUCACGCAUGUGCACUUGCCUGAGGGACCUACGGCAGUGUACAAGCUAUCGUCGUUUGUUCCGAACGCCAAGAUAAAGGGGCGUGGGAGAUGUACGGGGCAUACGCCAGAGGUGAUUUUGAACCACUUUACGACUAGACUGGGGCUUAGAGUCGGCAGGAUGUUGGGGUCAUUGUUUCCGCAUGAACCCAAUUUCGUGGGGCGGCAGGUCGCGACGUUUCAUAACCAGAGAGACUUUAUUUUUUUUAGGUUUCAUCGCUAUGUAUUUACCGCCGAGAGGGAUCGCGCUCGCCUGCAGGAGCUUGGACCUAGGUUUACGCUUAAGCUCCGUGCAUUACAGAAGGGAGUGUUUAUGGAUCCGCAAAAGGCUGACCAUGAGUUCAAGUGGAAGACGAAGACCGACAUCGAUAGACGCAGGUUCUUCUUGUAG